AUGAAUGAUUGGAAGAUACUCAGAUUCCAGGAUUUUAAAUCCGUGGAAGAAUACGAUUCUGCUGUAAUGAAAAUCGCCCAUAGUCUUGAACUAUGUGAUGAAGUGGUUACAAAUAAUGAUCUACUAUAUAAAACAUAUUCCACAUUUCAUCCAAAGGAUCGGUUGCUAUCAUAUACAGCUAAGGUUUUCACAACCUAUAAUGACCUAUUGUCAUACCUAUUGGCAACUGAGCAAAGAAAGCAGAAAGUUAAAGAUACCAUUGACAGAUUUGAGAAACUUCAGAAAAGAUGCAUUGAGCAACAAAACAGUGAGAUGAGAUAUCCUGAGGCAUUGGAUCAGGAUGAAUCCAAGAAAUCCGUGUGGAGUAAUAUAGAUUGUGAGGCCGGCUUAUACAUUGACUAA